AUGAGCCCUUCAGCAGUCGAAGGAAACGGGGUCUCGGAUGUCAAGACGACUCUCAAGCCUAACAUUGGCGUUUACACCAACCCCAAUCAUGACCUCUGGGUAACGGCUGCUGAACCCUCUGCUGAAUCCGUCAAGUCCGGCUCCGACUUGAAGCAUGGCGAGGUCAGUGUUGCUAUCCGCAGCACUGGUAUCUGCGGCUCCGAUGUUCACUUCUGGCAUGCUGGCUGCAUCGGUCCUAUGAUCGUGGAGGGCGACCACAUCUUGGGCCAUGAGUCGGCCGGCGAGGUCAUCGCCGUGCACCCUUCUGUCAGCAAUCUCAAGGUUGGCGACCGGGUCGCUGUCGAGCCAAAUAUCCCCUGCGGUACCUGCGAGCCCUGCCUUACUGGCCGAUACAAUGGUUGUGAGAGCGUCCUGUUCCUGUCAACACCACCUGUUCCUGGCAUGUUGCGCCGAUAUAUAAACCACCCGGCUGUCUGGUGCCAUAAGAUUGGAAACAUGUCGUUUGAGAACGGCGCUCUCCUCGAGCCCCUCAGUGUUGCCCUUGCUGGCAUGCAGAGGGCCCAGGUCGCCCUGGGAGACCCCGUCCUGAUUUGCGGUGCUGGACCUAUCGGUCUGAUCACCCUUCAGUGCUGUGCCGCCGCAGGUGCUUCUCCUAUCGUUGAGCGACUGUCAGCUGAGGACUCCGCCAAAGCGAUUGUUAAGAGCUUUGGAGGCAUUGAGCCCAGUGUUGCUCUGGAGUGUACCGGUGUCGAAAGCAGUAUUGCCGCUGCCGUCUGGUCAGUGAAGUUUGGCGGCAAGGUCUUUAUCAUUGGCGUCGGGAAGAACGAGAUCAACAUCCCCUUCAUGCGCGCAAGUGUACGGGAAGUCGACAUUCAGCUACAGUACCGUUAUUGCAACACCUGGCCUAGAGCCAUCCGCUUGGUUGAGAGCAACGUAGUUGACCUCUCAAAGCUCGUCACUCACAAGUUCAAGCUUGAGGAUGCCAUUAAGGCGUUUGAAACGUCUGCAGAUGCCAAAAGCGGGGCCAUCAAGGUCAUGAUCCAGAGCCUGGAUUGA